CCCAGAUCGGCAGCGCAGACGUGGGUGGAGUGUAGGGGGGGUCUCCAAAGAGGAGAGCCUGGAAGGAAAGUAGUAGUGUGUGUGUGUGUGUGUGUGUGUGUUUGUGUGCGCGCAUGGGUGUGUGUGCAGCAGGGAGGUUGUGACAUGGAGACAGCAUGGUCAGGCUGUGAGGACGUCAGUGGAAGACGCGGCGGCAGCCUCCACAUGUCCACCUAAAUAGACAGCACUGGGAGGUUACUUGUUUUUUUUUGUAGUUUUGUUGUUUUUUUCUGAGUUUGUGCAUGCUUUUGGGAGACGGCUCCUUGCUGGACCGCAUGCAUGACACAACGCAAAGGCGAGAAACCCACCAUCAGCAUCCAGGAGCACAUGGCCAUUGACGUGUGCCCAGGACCCAUCCUGCCCAUCAAGCAGAUCUCGGACUACUUCCCACGGUACCCUCGGGGCCUGCAGCCCGCCGGGCCCCCGCGCUCUGCUCCAUCCGCCGCCGCCACCACCGCCGCUACCGUUGCCCCGGAAAGAGAGCGCCCGAAUGAAGACAGCCCAGACCGGGCGUUUGGUGUGGGAGCGUCAGCUUCCCUGCAGGCGGCCGCCAGGAGGGACGAGGAGCCCGACGUGGAGGGAUACGACUCGGAUGACUCCACCACACUGGGGACCCUGGACUUCAGUUUGCUGUACGACCAGGAGAACAAUGCACUGCACUGCACCAUUAACAAAGCCAAGCUUCCUGUUCCCAGAUACAAGAAGGGGCUCAAGCCAAUGGACCACAAUGGACUAUCCGACCCCUAUGUCAAGCUGCAUCUACUGCCCGGCGCCAGCAAGGCCAAUAAACUUCGAACCAAGACCCUCCACAACACACUCAAUCCCGUCUGGAGCGAGACCCUGACCUACUACGGCAUCACUGACGAGGAUAUGGUCCGAAAAACGCUCAGGAUUUCUGUGUGCGACGAAGACAAGUUCCGGCACAACGAGUUCAUCGGUGAGACGCGAAUCCCCCUCAAGAAGCUGAAGCCCAACCAGACCAAGAACUUCAACAACUGCCUGGAGAAACAGUUACCUGUUAACAAGACAGAGGACAAGUCGCUGGAGGAGCGGGGACGCAUCAUGAUUUCCCUCAAGUACAACACCCAGAAGUCCUGCCUGGUGGUGGGCAUCAUACGCUGCGCGCACCUGGCCGCCAUGGACGCCAACGGCUUCUCCGACCCCUACGUCAAAACGUACCUGAAGCCUGACGAGAACAAAAAGUCAAAGCACAAGACGGCUGUAAAGAAGAAGACGCUCAAUCCAGAGUUCAAUGAGGAGUUCUCCUAUGACAUCAAGUACGCGGACCUCACCAAGAAGACUCUGGAGGUGACGGUGUGGGACUACGACAUCGGGAAGUCCAACGAUUUCAUCGGUGGGGUAUCCCUGGGCAUCAAUGCCAACGGAGAGAGGCUCAAACACUGGUUUGACUGCCUCAAGAACAAGGACAAGAAAAUCGAGCGCUGGCACACGCUGACCAAUGAAUUACCCGGCUCACUAAAUGACUGAGCGGACCCGACCCGGCCCGCCGCGGCUGCACCGACUGGACGCCUGCAUCCAUUUCAUCCAUCACUUCCUUCUGUCCCCUCCCUUCAAGUACGGUGACCUUCUCUCAGAACAGGGCUCAAGUGAAAGGAACCUUAUUGCAGUAUGUCUUAGUGCUCCAUCGCCAUAUCAACCACUUGUGUAGUGGUUCUGGUAAAGGGAUGUAGCAUCAUAUCCAUCCACUCCAAAUAUGCAUGUAUGCUAAUAUCGCAAGGAGUCGACGUAAAAUGUUGAUUUUUCUUUUUUAACGACAGAGGAUCUUGCACUUGACAGAGAGGAUUGUAGAGUAGAGGGGUUGUCUCCCAACUUGAAGGUUGCUGGUUCGGUCCUCCAUCCUCCUGUGUUGAAGUGUCUUUGGGCAAGAUACUGAACCCCCAGUUGCUCCUGAUGCUGCGUCAUCAGUAGGUAAAUGUGGCAACAGUGUCAAAGAGCUUUCAGUACAUCGAAGGUAGAAAAGUAGGAGUGAAACUCCAUUUACCAUCUGGAGAGCUUUCCGGUCUCUCGAAAUGCCGCCUUUCCACCGUGCAGUACCGGAUCUGCUUGUCGAUUGUAGUAGUACGGAAAACCACGUCACACUGAACGCAUCAGUCUGAACGGAACACGCAUCGAUUUUAUCCAUGAGGAGACUGAGGGCAGCGAGAAAGCGGAGCACAGCAGCAAAGUGGAGACGAUGCUUUGGUCAUUGCUAUAGUUACAGUAUGUAUCCACAAAUAUGUUACAGUUGACCGACGAGCAGUGGCAUGCUUGGAAGUACCUGAUAGUACCUACCGAGGUGGGGACUCCAAUCACGUGACUUGGACUCGAGUCACAAUUUUAAUGACUUUAGACUGGACUUGACAAUAUCAUCAAAGGCUUGCAACUCGACUUGGACUUUGACAUCAAUGACGCGGGACUGACUCGGACUUGUGUCUGAUGACUUGAAAAUACUUGAGAUUUUCAGUGAAUGUGUUGAGUAAGAUGUGUCCACAUUCAAAGUAUUCAGCUGAUGUGAUUGUUACCGUGUCAUUUCCAGCAAGACAGCAUAUUUUCUGCUUCAAUGACUGCAUCUAUUCACGUCCAAUCAGGUUUAAGAACAGACAACGAACGUGUGGAUUACAUUUCUGCGUGCUGACUAAAUCUUGAAUGCUAUAUCAACACUUUUUUCUGUGACUAAGUCCAUCCAUCCAUCUUCUAUGCCGCUUUUCCUCAUUAGGGUUGCGGGUAUGCUGGAGCCUAUCCCAGCUGCCUUUAGGCGAGAGGCGGGGUACACCCUGGACUGGUCGCCAGGCCAAUGGCAGGGCACAUAUAGACAAACAACCAUUCACACUCACAUUCAUACCUAUGGACAAUUUAGAGUCUCCAAUUAACCUAACAUGCAUGUUUUUGGAAUGUGGGAGGAAACCGGAGUACCCGGAGAAAAGCCACGCACGCACGGGGAGAACAUGCAAACUCCACACAGAGAUGACCAAUGGAGAUUCGACCAUAGAUCUUCCCGAUCUCCUGACUGUGUGGCCAACAUGCUAACCACUAUGCCACCGUGACUAAGUCUUAUUUUAUUUAAAAAUAAAACAAUUAAAAAUACAUUCAUUUAUCAAAUCUAAUAGAUUUUUGCAUUGUUAAAACGGCAUGUUAUUAUAGUGCUUAUGACUUGUAAGGACUCGAAAAUUUCAAGCCUUCAAGCCUUUCAAGACUUCGGAAUUGACUUGACCUGUCUUGUCUUGACUUGGACUUGCACAACUUUGAGACUUAACUCAAGAAUUGAAAUGAGAGACUUGAGAGUUACUUGAGAUUGGCGAAACACUGACUUGUUCCCACCUCUGGUACCUAGUAGUACCCUGGUAGUACCCUGGUAGUAGUACCCUGGUAGUGGUACCCUGGUAGUAGUACCGUGGUAGUAGUACCCUGGUAGUGGUACCCUGGUAGUGGUACCCUGGUAGUAGUACCCUGGUAGUAGUACCCUGGUAGUGGUACCCUGGUAGUAGUACCCUGGUAGUAGUACCUGUUUUUGGCAGUGCAAAUGUGUCAGUAGCGAGUGACCAGCCAAGUAGCGACUGUACAGUGGAAAGGGGGCAUAUUUAUGUGGAAAUUUUGUUUAUUUUGGUAAAACUUUCGAAAGUUUCAUCAAUCACUGGUCACUUCAUUAGGUACAUUAGCACAAUCUAACAGGAUUGUUGCCUUGUUGCUACGCAUGCUAACCAAAAGCAGCAAAAGCUCCCAUAUUAUACUAUUUUUUACCCAUUUUAAAUACACCUCAGAGGUCCUACAAUAGUGCAAGCUGAGCCAGUUUAAAAGUAUGUAAGCCCUACUGGGAGAACACAGUUUUGUGUGUGUAGCUUUCAUACUAAUGAGCUGUGUUUGUGUCUGACAGAGUGUGGGCCUCCAAGAUGCGCUAUCGUGUACUUGAUCCACUUUUGACAUAUACACCGUAAAGUAGUGUUUACACUUGCAUGCAUUUUGCUUCCGAAUUGUCGAGCAAUUUGCCGUGGCAAUAUGUGUCAUUAUUUAUUUAUUUAUUUAUUUAGGGUACGCCUGAGAAGAAGUCAAGACUAGUUUGCGCACUGUUUGCACGAAAUGACCACACUCGCACACGACUUAUUUACACCUUGUCAAGUACUGUUUACGUCCAGUGCACGACAAUAGUACGUGCGAUGCGCAUUGUUCCUGCAUGGGUAUGCAUUGUCACCACCGCUUCCCGCAUCCGUGAAGGAGUCGUGGCAUUAUUUGGUCCCGUUGUGUCCCACGUGACGCCACGCAAUAGCAAGCAUGACCCCUGGCUUCAUUAAUUGUUCUGUUUGCAAGGGACCUACAAGAUGUUGAACUCCAGAGAAGAAGCUCAUGCUAUAAAGAAAGGCAAGUUAUAUUUUAUUGCAGCUGCAGGGAGAGAAUGUGCAAAGAGCAGGAAGGAGGCAAUAAACUAGAAAAAAAAGAGACACAGACAGUGUGGGAGAGGGAAUUGCUAGAGAGAAGACAUCACUUAUUAGCAGAAAAUCACAAGUAAGAGCCAAGACGCUACAGAAUUGCUGCAAGAGGUUGUGGAAAAGUUAACCCAUUCAUGAGAAUGAGACACACAGAGGCUUUGAUACGCACUGCCCGCAUUGUUUGCACAUAGGUUGCGGUGCGUUCAUGUAGCAUUCACAACUAGUUCACUGAAAUUAUCCAUUUAUUUUCUUUGCGCACUGGCACAUACUUCACACCUGUGUACGACCAAUUUACUCAUUGGCACGCAAAAUUGCGUACCACUGCGGGGACCAAGUGCAUGCAAGUGUAAACGGCGCUUAACUCUGCACUGGUCCAACAUAAUCGAUGCCAUAUAUCACAUACAACAGCAUAGCAUCAAGGUGUGGGACAGCAGGACACAAACGUUAGCAACACUAGCACAGCUAUGUGAUGCUACAGUGCUAACAUUACACUUCAACAUCAUGCUAGGUUGGCAUGAUGUCAAACUUUCAGCUCUCACGUCUGUAGCUGACUGACAGGUAGACAGAGCUUUAUUUUAAGAUGCGUAGCGAAGCCUGCUUGUUCACAAAGCUGUCCUCACGUGUGAUAAAAGAAUUUUGUCAUGUCUGAAGCGCAUAAAGAGGCAGUAGGAUGUGAGAAGUGGCUUUUGCAUUAUAGAGGGCUACAUUCCAACAUAUGUAUUAUCAUGUCAACCAAAAAAGAGUUUACUGUAUGUGUACCUAAUGAAGUGCCUACUGUGUGAUUUAGGUUGAACACUACCUUGUGAUGAAGUGAAGGGAAGAAAAAAGUCUCAAUUGAGGGUCGGAUUGUUUGAUAACUCUUUGCUGGGAGGGUGGAGACCUUGCCGUCACUCCAUGCAGCCUUGGUGAAGGAGUCAAAGAAAGGCCGCUUGAGAGGCACCAGCUACAAUCAACAAAGCGGGUCGGGUGUAAAAAGCUUGCGCGCAUCCCAUUGGGCAGCUCCGUGUGCAGCUUCUUGUUUACACUUCCUGCUGAAUGAAACCCUCGCUUCUACAUGAGGGGAUGGGUUUUUUUAUGUAACAAAGUUUAACAAUGAAGACGAUAAAAGCAUGUAUUGUU